AUGUCUUCCCCAUUAUCAUCAAGUGUACCAAUUGAAUAUUAUGAUGAAAAUUUCAUCCCAGGUACAACAAAUAUUCUUACUGGUAGAUUAAUUGAUUCAGAAUCAUCAUCUAUUUCAUCAUCUAAAUCAUUGAAAAGAGAUCCUAAAACAGGAUUAGUUUUAAUUCCUCAACCUACUGAUUCUCCAAAUGAUCCAUUAAAUUGGAGUACAAAGAGAAAAAUUUGGCAAUUAAUUUUAUUAUCUUUUAUAACUGCUUUAACUGCUGCUAUUUCAAAUGAUGCUGGUGCUUCACAAGAUUCAUUAAAUGAAAUUUAUGGAAUUAGUUAUGAUUCAAUGAAUUCAGGUGCUGGUGUAUUAUUUAUUUUUAUUGGUUGGUCAUGUAUUGUAUUUGCUCCUGCAAGUUCUUUAUAUGGUAGAAGAAUAACUUAUUUAAUUUGUUUAUUAAGUGGUACUUUGGGUUGUAUUUGGUUUGCCGUGAGUAAAAAAACUUCAGAUACUAUUUGGUCUCAAGCAUUUGUUGGAAUUAGUGAAGCUUGUGCUGAAGCUCAAGUACAACAAAGUUUAACUGAUUUAUUUUUCAGUCAUAAUUUAGGAGCUGUUUUAACAUUAUAUAUUAGUGCUACUUCGAUUGGUUCAUUUUUAGGUCCUUUGAUUGCUCAAUAUGAAUCUUAUUAUCAAAGUUUUAGAUGGGUAGGUUGGUGGGGUGCCAUCAUAACUGGUGGUUGUUUAAUAGUUACUUUUUUUGCUUGUGAAGAAACUGUUUUUGAAAGAAAUUUAUAUACAAAAGUAUAUGAAUCAAAACAAAAAGAAACCACCUCCACUACUACUAUUACUAAUGGUAGUAAUGUUGAUCCUGAUAUUAAACAAGAUAAUGAUGAUAAAAAAGAUAAUGAAAAAGAACUAGAAGUUGAAAUAUCAAGAGAAAUUGACCCAUCCAAUCAUCAACAACAAAUUAUGAACAUGAAUAUGAAUAUGAAUAUUGAUCCAGAAACAAAUUGUGAAAGUAAAAAAUCAUAUAUUCAACGUAUUGCCUUAAUUACACCAGCUUCAUAUUUGGAAGGUUAUGGAUUCAAACAAUAUUUUAAAAGAUUUUUACUUUAUUUUAAAGUUUUCACACUUCCAGGAGUUUGGUUUUCUGGUUUAUUAUGGGGUUUACAAGAUACUUAUAUGACCUUCUUUUUAACUACUCAAGAUACUUAUUUUUAUGAACCACCAUGGAAUUAUUCCAAUGCAGGAGUGGCAAUUAUGAAUGUUGCAACUUUAAUUGGUGCAGUUAUUGGAUGUAUUGUAUCGGGAUUAUUUUCUGAUUAUCAUGUUGUUUGGUUAGCUAAAAGAAAUAAUGGUAUUAUGGAAGCUGAAUAUAGAUUAUAUUUAUUAAUUAUUACUUUAAUUAUUUCACCAGUUGGUUUAAUUAUGUUUGGUGUUGGAGCGGCAAGAGAAUGGCCAUGGCAAGUUAUUUAUGUUGGAUUAGGAUUUAUUGGAUUUGGUUGGGGUUCAAUUGGUGAUACUUCAAUGAGUUAUUUAAUGGAUGCUUAUCCUGAUAUUGUUAUUCAAGGUAUGGUUGGGGUUAGUAUUAUUAAUAAUACUUUGGCUUGUAUUUUCACUUUUACUUGUUCUUAUUGGUUAGAUAGUUCAGGUACUCAAAAUACUUAUAUUGCUUUAAGUGUUAUUGAUUUCUUUACUAUUGCUUUGGUUUUCCCAUUCUUGUAUUAUGGUAAAACUUUUAGAAAGAAAACCAAAGAUAUUUAUGUUUCAAUGGUUGAAUUAACUCAAGGUAUGGGUUAA